AUGAAGGUAAUCUCGGUUCUGAUUGCGCUCGGAUUCCUGAAUGUUUCUCAUUGCUGUGAUGCUCCUCCUCCGAGAGCAAUAAAUCUAGCCAGAAACGGCUUUGCAUCGCAGAGCUCUGUCUACCUAUAUCAAGUAAUGGGGUACGCUAGACAAGCCAUAGAUGGGAACAGCGAUGGUAUUUAUGACUUCGGUUCCUGCUCUCACACCAGUAAAGAAAAGGAUCCCUGGUGGAAAGUGGAUCUCCAUCUGACCUAUAAAAUAUCGACUAUUAUAAUUGCUGCCAGACAGGACUGCUGCUCAGAACGUCUGAUUGGAGCCGAGGUCCGUGUCGGAAACUCACCAGAUGUUAAAACAAACCCUGUAUGUGGAACGAUAACAGGCGUUGUGCCCGCUGUGAAGAUUUCCGUAUGUUGUAACGGGAUGGAAGGGCAAUAUGUGGGGGUGACUAUUCCAUCACGAGAAGACUAUCUCACGCUAUGCGAAGUCGAAAUCUAUGGACAGAUGUCGGAACCUCAUGUAUGUUGGUAGACUCCGCGUGGGCGUGUUCAUGUCACGUGACACAAUGAAUUACAAAAAUACAUCAUGGCGUCAUCUCUGAGUCGAAUUCCUUGGAUUUAUCCAGAUCAUGUUUUUGACAGAAGCUCCUUCCUCGUUUCUAUAGAGGCUCUUGUUCGUUUCCUGUUAUGUAACUAGGAAUAUCUAACCCACUGCCAUCAGCUCACACAGGCUGUGAAAAGACUAGAUGGCCACUGGCGGUGCUUGCAGUCUCCUGACCAAAGACACAACUGUCUAAACAAAUUAACUGAAUUCUACAUUUUAUUUAUAGAACUGUCUCUGAAUGUAUCUCUGAAAUGUAAUUCUUCGUGCAAUUAUAGUAUUUU